UCCGUGUCGCUGUCAUUAUUUUCCUGUGCCGUUCGGAAUUUCUGUGCGUUCGAAAACGUUGAUGUUUUGUGUGUGUGUGGUGCUGCGGUGCCAACCAAAUCGGGACCGGAAAAGGGUCACAUUCCUUCUCCCGGCUGGACGGGGUGCUUCCUUUGUGUGCGAGCCUUAGAGCAGAGUUUGUUCGUGUGACGUGUGUGCUGGUCGCCAGGAACAGCCGAGCCAGCCAGAGAGUGGUGCGGCACAACCGCAUCAGAAGUGAAAGACACGGCCGCUCUGUUUGUGUGAGUGUGUGUCUGUGUGCAUAUAUUUCUGGAUUGUGAAAAAUAACACAAAAGUGGAGUGAAAAGAAAAGUGCGAACACCUUUCGUGGUCGUCCCAUCAGCAUUGGCAAGGAAGGUGACAUUGCGGUGGUUGACACUCCGCUCCAAGAAGCUUUCCACUCGCUUCCCCAGUCCCCAGGCGCGUAGGGGUGGGUGGGUGAGUGGUUUUUCCCUGUGGCUCCACCAAAUCGAUCGACCCGCGAACACCCGGAUCUACGUUGAACCGUCUCUCCUGUUGAUGUGUUCGGCCCGUUCCACUUGCUGCGGCUGCCCGAGCGGCGGUGGUAGUGUUUGCGACCCCACACCACUCGACUAACACUUGAAAGGGUUGUGUGCGUGUGUGUUUGUGUGUGUGCCGAACCGUCUCUAGUCAGGUGUCCGGUGUUUCCGGCAAGCAGGAGGACCCAACAGCACAUUUUGCGCGUACCGUGUUGGUCGUUAUCCUUAGCCCUAUUGCACUCACGUCGGCUCGUUCGUGGCAGGAACGGACGAACUUACAGACACACAGCUUACACACACGCGAAAUUUAAACGAUUCUUCGUGACUGAGAAGUAAAAGUUUCUUAUGCUUUUUUUAGGAAGCAUUGUGAGAAUAGCAGUGUGUUUGUGUGGAAAGAUAAUAGCAGGCGGAAAAAACCUUGUCUGAAUUGAUCUAACGAUCCGGCGGUCAAUCGUAGGCGGCGGGUGACCCGUCUUUGCAACAGAAUUUGCAACAAGAAAGUGUUUUGUAUACGUGUGUGUGUAACCGGUUGUUAUCUAGUGUGUGUUUGUGUGUGUGAGGGAAAAUAAGGGAGUAAAACAAAUCACGGUCCCAUCCCGCCGUGGUGUGGAAAACGGGUCCCAGUGGUGGUGGUGGAGACUGUGUGAUAGAUUUGUGUUUCCGGCACUGCCGCUAUUUCCUGUGUUGGUGGUUGUUGUUCGCACUUCAAGGAAAAGCAAUUCCUGUGCGUGUGGUGCUAUUUUUGGAACAAAUCCUGAAUUGAGCUAACCUAACGAAGGGAGAACCGUUUUGCGCUGUCAAACCACCAGCUACUACUGCGAGCGAGCGAAGCGUCCGGAAGCCGUUCCAGAUCGUUGACGGCAACCGUCUCCCCGGUUUGUAGAACCCCGAGCGCGCACUCAAUCAACGGAUUUUUGGUUCAUUCUUCGGGACAGGUGUUAAGACAUAAAGACGGCCACCAUUGCGUUGACAGCUUCCGAACUAUGACGGGAUCUUCUGCAUUAUGACAAUAACAACCAUUGAGAAGCAAGUGAAUAAUAACUUCGGGGCUUCAACAUGAGCUCGCGUCACGCCUUCUACACCGUCGAGGUGGGCGACACCAAGUUUACCAUUCUAAAGCGAUACCAAAACCUGAAACCGAUCGGUUCCGGUGCUCAAGGCAUUGUAUGUGCCGCAUACGAUACAGUAACACAGCAGAACGUUGCCAUCAAAAAGCUAUCCAGACCUUUCCAAAAUGUCACUCACGCCAAACGAGCCUACAGGGAGUUUAAGCUUAUGAAAUUAGUCAAUCAUAAAAAUAUCAUUGGACUGCUGAACGCGUUCACGCCCCAGCGCACACUAGAAGAGUUCCAGGAUGUGUACCUGGUCAUGGAGCUUAUGGAUGCGAACCUCUGCCAGGUCAUACAGAUGGAUCUGGACCACGAGCGGAUGUCCUACCUGCUCUACCAGAUGCUGUGCGGCAUCAAGCAUCUCCACUCGGCGGGAAUUAUUCACCGGGACUUGAAGCCCUCCAACAUUGUGGUAAAGUCGGACUGCACACUGAAAAUCCUCGACUUUGGGCUGGCCCGUACGGCCGGCACCACCUUCAUGAUGACGCCGUACGUCGUCACGCGGUACUACCGUGCGCCGGAGGUCAUCCUCGGGAUGGGAUACAAAGAGAACGUCGACAUCUGGUCGGUCGGCUGCAUCAUGGGGGAGAUGAUACGCGGCGGCGUCCUGUUCCCCGGUACAGAUCAUAUUGAUCAGUGGAAUAAAAUCAUUGAACAAUUGGGUACUCCGUCCCAGAACUUUAUGACGCGGUUGCAACCGACCGUGCGGAACUACGUGGAGAACAGGCCCCGCUACUCGGGGUACGCGUUCGAUCGGCUCUUCCCGGACGUGCUGUUCCCGACCGACUCGAACGAGCACAACCGACUGAAGGCUAGUCAGGCGCGGGAUCUGCUCAGCAGGAUGCUGGUGGUCGAUCCGGAGCACCGCAUCUCGGUCGACCAGGCGCUGGUGCACAGCUACAUCAACGUGUGGUUCGACGAGAGUGAAGUGAAUGCGCCCGCACCCGGCCCGUACGAUCACAGCGUGGACGAGCGUGAGCACACGGUCGAGCAGUGGAAGGAGCUGAUCUACCAGGAGGUGAUGGAGUACGAGGCGCGCAAUAAUCUGGCGGACGGGGAGGGCGCUCCACGGUAGAAACCAGAGGGCAGCUGUACCGCUCGGUCCGGUUCACAGCCAACUUCUUCCUCUUUAGCGACGGACGAGGCAGCAGGAGCAGCAGCAACCGCACCACCACACCACCACCCGGUAGAAGAAGGAACGACGACGACGACAACGGAGCAGGAGGAGCCUACUGCUGAGGAGUAAGGCACCAGGCCACUCUUAGUUCCCUCUCCUCCACCCUGACGCGCGCACAUGCACAAGCAAGAACAAGUGAAAGCAAUAAUGCUACCUUUUUAGCAAACAAAAACCACCACCAUUAACCCUGGAGACCAAGGAGACCUGACCCUCGGCUGAAGCUCAUCGUGCGGCGUUGCGGUCAGUUUCAAGAGGGAAAACCAAGACACACACACACGCAACUAAAAAGUGUCUGGAUGCAAAUGCAACAGCAGAGGGAGCUAGAGAGAGAGAGAGAAAGAGAGAGAGUGAUAUGGUUUCAAGUAUCUAUCCUAGCGUAGAGAAAGGAAAAAAGGAAGUUGCUGAAGUGAUGCCGGCAGCUGUGCGUCUUUUGGGUGGUGAUGGUAGUGUGUGUGUGUGUAUGUGUGUGUAUGUGUGGUGGGACAUUUCCCUUUGUACGUCGUCCUCUCUCUCUCCUUCUCUCUAUCUCUUCCGUAUCUGGUCAUAUGAAUAAGUGCAAUAAUGUGUCGUCCACACGGCAGCCUGCUUGGGGGAAAAAGAGGAAGCAACAGUGGCAUGAAUGAGGAAUGAGAGAGAGAGAGAGAGAGAGAUAGGCCGAGAGAAAGAGAAAGAGAGAGAGAGAGAGAGAGAGAGAGAGAGAGAGAAAAAAAAGUGAUAUUUACAGCCUGACAAAGAACGAGAAUGUCCUUAGUAGAAAUUGCGAUCGGUGUCUGGUCGGUAUUCCGAAUGAUUAGUAACCGAGAACAGUAAGAACAGAAGAGUAGAGCAGUCAAGCGAAUGAACCAGAACUACAGAAAACUCAAGAACUAGAGCGAGCGAGAGGGAACUGCGAAGACAAACGUUUAGUUGGAAUUUUAGGUUCACAUUACCGUUUUCAUUUCGUUUCGAGGUAAGUUUUCCCUUUUCUUUUGUCAUUAAUUGUUUCGCAAGUGCUCGAUCAACUACUGUCGAUAGUAGUAAUCACACAGAGUUCAAAGUUCAAACACUUUUGCCCCCGUCAACAGUUGCAGUACUGUUUGUUAUCUUAUUUCGCUCUUUAAUUGAAUUAUGUAUCGAUGAUACAUCACCAUCGACGGAUUAGGUUGCUGUUGAUAUAACGAGAGCACUAAACGUUAGGGACAACCUGUACUAUGGAUUCCAACACUGCAUAGCUGCAGUGCUCAAUACACAUACACACCCACCCACUGCCCUCUAUUUUGAAUUUAAGAAGCAAACUCGAAACGACAAAGGCAAAGACACCGAACACAGACAGAAAGACAGCCUCAAAUAAGGGUUGAAACCAAUACCACCACACACUCCCCGCACUCUCAGAAAAUCGAUGCAGAAAAGGAACAAAAAAAAACACGUACUUAAACCGACAGACAGACACGAGAACGAGAAGGGGGGAAAAGAAAUAGUUAAAGCAUCUUUGAUUCAGUUCAUGAGCAUACCAUGCCUCCAUAAAAACGCUAAAAUUGACAACAACGGUACAGCAAAGUAAAACAAACAAAAACAAGCAAAAAAUUGAAGGUAUUGAUAAAUUAUUUGACUCACAGUAAGGAGACAGACACGCAUCCUUCGGGAAGAGUUUAAGGAAGAGUGGGGUGCGCGUCAUGUGUAUUUGUUAAUUGCAAACUCAUUUUGAAUAAAGACGUCGUCGGCAGUAAGGCAGUAAAUAUUACUUUAGUCUAUAUAUAUAUAUCAUUAAAUACCAUAAUACAAUAAUACCUUAUAAUGAAUAUAUGAUACCGUAGCAGGAAAUAUCCGUGUACAUAGCAAACAGCUCUAGUGUGUUCCCCUCACUUUAUAACGCUAUCGAAAUGGGGUAGGGAAAAUGCGUACAGAGGAGCCGUGUGCGCGAGAAAGCGAGAGAGCGGCAAAUUUCGCAAAUAAUCAAGCUAAAUAAUUAUGGUUACUGGAAAGACUAUUACAAAAACAGCAGACUAUUGAAACGCAAUGCGCAGGAAGGAAGGAAGGCAGGAAGUCUCUUUUCCUUCUACCAAUUCUCAUCAUUUGUGUAGAGAGAGGUGAAAACAACUGACCGGCCGUGACACGCCAUGGUUUUGACUCACACACAUACACAAUCAUACCCCUCACUCUUUUGGGGAAGAACAAGGGGACAUUAUGGGGAAACGCUGCUGUGUAUUGAGAGUGAUUAGUUCGAAUAAUGAAAACGAAAAGCAUCCUCGGAAUAGAUCGUAACACAACACAAGGACACACAUUAAUGAAACAAAUAUCCAAUUCUUCAAGCGCAAAACAAAACAAACACACAGCAGCAGGCAGCAGCAGCUUUGUUUGUCUCCCCGUCGGCACAACACCUCCUCGUCCCGUAUGCUGCAACAUUCUAUGAAAAGGAAAAAGGAAAACCUCCCCUCUAUUUCUCUAAACUAAUCGAACGUUAAUUGCGGUUUAAAGUUUUUCCACCCGCUCUCUUCUCAAUCGCAUCAACAGUCGAAGGAAAACAAACGUGGAAAAUGAAGAAGAAAAACAAGUGUAGUAGGAAAAAUUAAAACUUUAAAACGAAAAGCAGCAGCAAAAAACAUAAACAUUACGAACAAACAAACAAAACACACUCUAAAGCAAAGCAAACAAUUUAGUGCAAAAUAGAGCGCAAGCAAUUCGUACACACACACACACACACUCGGACACAGAAAAAUAGAGAAAAAGGACUCGGAGUUAGAUGAAGGUAGCGAGUGGUAAAGAAAUUAAAAAAAAAAUGAAACAUUAAGCAAGCUUACAUGAAAAAAAAACAAACAAAUAACCAAAACAAACAAACAAACAAAAAGAAAAGAUGAAACACAGAGAGAAAAGAGGAGAGAGACAGAAAAGAAGAAGCAUACCUUUGAAGCAAAAGAAGAAGAAGAAGAAGAAGAAGAAGAAAACAAGAUGGUACAGUUUUACGAAUCCGCCCUUUUUAUAAAAACAAAAGUUAAAGGUGAAGCAGACGUUAGAAGGGGAAAACAAUUUGCUGAAACAU